AUCGGACGUUCGACUCCGCAGUCCGAGUUCAAAUAUCAUGAUCUAUCCCUAAGGCCGCAAGUUUGCUCUCAAUUCUUUUGACCCUUCACAAUUUCGCAAUCAAGAUGUCGUCGCCUGCUCACAAGAAGCGUGCUGAUUCAAUUUCGGCGGGCUCUACGCCGCCAGGUGAAAAUCCCGCGGAGAGCGGUCUUCUCCCACCAGAACAUUGGUCACAACUGCCAGAGGUGAGCUUUGCAAUGCGUUCGAGACUCUGUCGCUUACUCGACCUGUGCCCAAGGAGGAAGUGGCACCAGAGGAUGGAGACUCAGCUGUCCUUGACAGUGCAAGCUCAACAGCCUCUUUGACGUCUAGCAUUCUUCAGUAUAGGACUAUCAACGGGAGGGCAUACCAGAGCGAGCGGGGUAAUCCCGAGUACUGGGGACCUAUCGACGAUGCUGGCCAAGAGGCAAUGGACAUUAACCACCAUGUACUCACUCUCUUGCUGGGUGAUAAACUGUACCUGGCACCCGUGCCAGAUGACAUUCAGACUGCCGCGGACAUUGGAACCGGAACUGGUAAGUUUCUCAUAAGGGCAGGGAACAGCGUGAUUGACAAUACGAUAGGGAUUUGGGCCAUGGAAUUUGCAGACAGGUUCCCGAAUGCUUCCGUUAUUGGUACUGACCUCGCACCUAUCCAGCCUGGUUGGAUUCCACCUAAUCUGGAGUUCCAAAUUGAAGACUGUACUCGAGAAUGGACCUUCCAGCCCAACACGUUCGAUUACAUCCAUAUGCGCUGGCUCGUCGGCAGCAUUGCAGACUGGAAGUAUCUGUUCAAGGAAGCCUACAAGUGCCUCAAACCAGGGGGCUACAUUGAGAGCUACGAGCCAUCAUCUCGCGUCGAAAGUGACGACGGUACAGUUCAACCAGGUAGUGCGCUUAGCCAGUGGGAGAAGUUCUUCGUCGAAGGUGGGCGUAAGAUAGGACGACCAUUCACGAUCUUCGAGGAGAACAUUCAGAGAGAAGGAAUGAGAGAAGCAGGCUUUGUAGAUAUUGAAGAACGCGAUUUUAAGAAUCCUGUUGGAGGAUGGCCAAUGGAUCCGAAGCAGCGAAGCGUCGGGCAGUUCAUGCAAGCUGCUUUCGAACAAGACGCGCAGGGAACUGUGCUGCAUAUGGCCACUGCGCUUGGAUGGACUGAGGAAGAAGUGACGGUGUUCAUCUCGCACUUUAGACGGGAGAUUCGAUCACCCAAGAUUCACUCUUAUUUCCGGCAGAAGGUUGUUUGGGGACGGAAGCCUCUUUAGCUCUGGACUGUAGGACUUGGUUAUUGAUUGGGGCUCUUUUUUUAAAGUUUUAUUUAAGAGGAAUGAAUAUCAUGUUGCUACACAUCAGUCAAUAACUAAGAGGAAAGCCUACAAUCCACAUUUUGAGCCGCAAGGUCGCUGCCCCAAUCGAAGUCUACUAAGUUGUCUUCAACAUGCCCUAUACAAUGAACUGAUCUUACAUUCUUGGUGUGUGGUUAUGUCCUGUACCUUUCUGCUGAUACUUACCCGCAGUCUGUAAGCAAUGUUGCAACUUCG